UUUAAUCACUGCGAAAAGCUAUUUUUGAACAGUGUUGUCAAUGAAUUUUUACCGCGUACCUGUUAGGUUUUAUGAUUAGAUGGAUUCCGCAUUGAGGCGCUGUGCUAUGUUGUGUUAUUACAUUGAAGCUAAAACAAAGCUGAGGAGAAUGAAUAGGAAGCGAUGCUAGCAGCUAAGCUAUCUUAAGUUAGAUAAAAGGACAGCAGGUCUCACUUCAGUGCUGUUUUAUGGGCGUGGAGCCGUUACUCGCCAGCCAUCAGCAAAUAUGAGACAUUGCAACUUGCUUAUGCAUUUGUGUAUUCAUUUAUACAUUUUAAUUUAAGUUUAAUUUAGGAUGCUGCUUAAAUUACAGCAUCCUGUUGUCAAACCACAGCACCGCCACCCCACCGGAAAAUGACAGCCUGUUUGCGACAUCAGAUUAUUUACAGGCGCGAUGUGUUGUAAACCGGGUGUGUAGCGUUACUUAAAUGUCAUCAAGAAAAGCGGGUGAAUCCCGCAGUAAGACGGUCUUCCUGCCCGGCUGUUAAACGUAAACAGUGACUGUACGUUUUCCGAGAGCUCAUGAGGGAAACAUGACCUGCGCUGAGCUUCACUGAGCUUCACUGAGCUUCUCUGGAGACGCCGGCGUUAAAGUUCCUCGCAAUUUCCGGCUCCUGGAAGAGCUGGAGGAAGGUCAGAAAGGUGUGGGAGAUGGAACGGUGAGCUGGGGCUUGGAGGAUGAUGAGGACAUGACCUUAACACGAUGGAGAGGGGUGAUCCUUGGCCCCCCAAGGACAAGCUAUGAAAACAGGAUGUACAAUCUGAAGGUUGAAUGCGGGCCAGGAUACCCAGAAUCACCACCUUUUGUCAGAUUUGUGACAAAGAUAAACUUGAAUGGCGUGCACACCUCCAACGGUGUGGUUGACAUGCAUGCAGUGUCUGCGCUGGCCAAGUGGCAGAACUCCUACAGUAUCCGGAUGGUGCUGCUGGAGCUUCGACGGCUCAUGACCUGCAAGGAAAACAUGAAGCUUCCUCAGCCACCUGAAGGGCAGAUCUACACCAACUGAGCCCCUGCUACUUUUGACUCCAUGUUUUCUUUUUGUUUCCCACUUGUUCCUCUCUCUCUGUUUUGCUUUCAUCCCUUUAUCCCAUCCCCCGCCAUGUGACAUUCCACCUCCUAUCAACACCUUGGCUGAAUGCACACACAACAGAAAACUUAUGAAUACAAGCAGAUACAUGCAGACGUACACACAGACACUGCUGUAAA